AUGUUGUCCUGGUUUGGGGGCCUCAGCUCCACAUGGGGCCAGACUCUGGGUCAAGUCAGGGGCAGCCUGGCUUCCCUCGCUGGCCAGAUUUUAAACUUUACAAAGUUUAUACUGACGGGGGGCACGGAGGAAGUGGAAGCAGAAUUACCUGAUUUUAUGACAAAGGAAAUUGAAGCCAUUCAUGAGAUCUUGAGAUCAGAGAAUAAAAGGCAUAAGAACCUUUGUACUGAUCUACAAGAGAAACAUGAAGCAUCAGAGCUUCAAACAAAACAGCAAUCUACAAGUUACCAAAAUCAACUUGAACAAAAAGAGGUAAAAAUCCACCAUGGUGAAGCCAGACAUACUGUGCUCCAGGACCAGAUGCUGAAACUGCAGUCAGCUGCUCAGUCAGUACCUUCAGGAGCUGGCGGUGUACCAGCAACCACUGCGUCUUCUUUCGCUUAUGGGAUUAGUCAUCAUCCUUCAGCUUUCCAUGAUGAUGGCAUGGACUUUAAAGAUAUAAUUUUGUCCCGACAAAAAAUAAACCAACUCCUAAAUGAAGUUUCAAGACUUGUGUCUGAAAUUGUCUAUUGGAGGGAUAUUGGUCACACUUCAACAGCACGAGGAACACAUAGCUCUACUCAAAGAGAAAUAAACAAACUACAAAAUAUUAAGGAACUGAAACAGAACCAAAGUCAGGAAAUAGAUGACCAUCAACAUGAAAUGUCAGUACUGAAGACUGUGCACCACCAGAAAUUGACAGAAAUAAGUCAACAACAUCAAGAAGAAUUAAGUGACUACGAAGAACGAACUGAAGAACUCACAAAUCUGUUACAACAAGGUGGCCUUGGAGUUACAGAAACCGAUCACUCUAAAAUCUAUGAGAUGCAAAAAACUAUUCAAUUUCUACAAACAGAAAAAGUGGAGUCUACCAAAAAAAUUGAAGAAUUUGAGGAUAAAAUAAAAGAUAUAAAUAAAAAAUUAUCUUCUGCAGAAAAUGAUAGAGAUAUUUUAAGGAAAGAAAAAGAACAGCUAAAUGUGGAAAAGAAACAAAUAUUAGAAGAAUGUGAAAACUUAAAAUUGGAGGGUAGUGAAUUGCAGCCCUAUGGUAUGAAGCAAAGUGAUACUGUGACAGAAAAGGGAAGAAUUAUUGCACAGAGUGCAUCAGCGGAAGAAGUGUUCAGACGACAACAAGCAAUGUCUGAUGCCAACAAUGAAAUAAUGAGAUUGAGUAUUUUAAACCAGGAUAACAGUCUUGUUGAAGACAAUCUGAAACUUAAAAUGCAUACUGAAGACCCAGAAAAAGAGAAGUCAUUACUGAGUCAAGAAAAAGAAGAACUUCAGAUGUCACUUUUAAAAUCAAACAAUGAAUAUGAACUAAUUAAAAGUGCAGCUACAAGAGACGUAAGUUUGGAUUCAGAAUUAUAUAAUUUAAGACUUAAUUUGGAAGCAAAGGAACAAGAACUCAAUCAGAGUAUUAGUGAAAAGAAAAUCCUGACAGCUAAGAUAGGAAAACUGGACAGACAGAAUCAAGAUGCUAAAAUGCACAUGCUUCUGAUAAAAGAUCAGCUAUCAAAACAACAAAAUGAAGGAGAUGACAUCAUCAGUAAACUGAAACAAGAUCUAAAUGAUGAAAAAAAGGAAGUCCAUCAACUUGAAGGUGAUAAAAUGGACAUUAUUAAAGAGUUAGAUGUACAAAAAGAAACACCGCUUCAACGUGAAGUGGCCCUAAAUGAUUUAGUAGAUCAGCUAAAUAAAUCACACAAAAAAAUGUGCAUCCAGACGGAGAAUGUGGAACUUAAAGAGCGUAUUAGACAAAAUGACGAGGAGCUUUCUAGACUCAGGAAUGAGUUAACUCACUCUUUAAAUCAAGACUCUAGUAGUAAUUUUAAGGUACUUAAAGAAAAAGAAGCCGAAGUUAGAAACUUGAAGCAAAGUCUUUCAGAAUUACAGCAGCUCAAUGAAAAUUUAAAGAAAGUUGUUUUUGAUGUCAAAAUGAAAAAUGAAAAGUUAGUUUCAGCAUGUGAAGAUGUGAGGCAUCAGCUGGAAGAAUAUAUUGCUAAUAGCAAUCAGCUUUCUCUUGAAAAAAACACCAUUCUGGAGACUCUAAAAAUGGAAAAAGGAGAGAUAGAAGCAGAAUUGCGUCAGGCUAAGAAGAAGCUAUUGGAAGAAGCAAAUGAGCAUGAGAAAACCAUUGAAGAAUUGUUAAAUGCAUGUCACUUGAUUACCUCUGCCUUGCCUGAACAUGAGCAUUUAAUUAAACUCAGUCAAAAGAAAGACAUUGAAACAGCAGAACCCAAAAAGAAUAUUGGACAAAUGGAUACUAAUCAUAAAGAAAUUAAGGACAUUUUGUCAUCUAGUCUAGAAGAGCAGAAGCAAGUGACACAACUUUUAAACGAGAAAGAAAUUUUUAUUGAAAACCUUCAAGAAAAAAGUUCAAAGUUGCAGGAGGAAUUGGAUAAAUAUUCUCAGGCCUUAAGAAAACAUGAAAUUUUAAGACAGACCAUAUGGGAAAGGGACAGAAGUCUUGGAUCCAUGAAAGAGGAAAAUAAUCAUCUCCAAGAAAAACUGGAAUGGCUCGGGGAACAGCAGAGUUGAACUGCACCUGUGGCUGAUCCAAAAACCCUUGAUAGUGUUACUGAACUAGAAUCUGAGGUAUCUCAACUGAACGUGAUCAAGGAUCAUCUUGAAGAGAAAACUGAACACUAUCCAAUGAUAACUGAAGGUCAAAACCAGAGUAAGAUGCAACUACUUCUGUCUUUACAAGAGCAGAAGGACAUGGAUGAGUUGAGAAACCAGCAUGAGCAAAGGAACGGGACGCACACCCAGCUCUGUUUAGAGAACAAUGAGGAAGUUAAGUGUUUGCAAAAAACAAUUGAACCAAUCAAAACCCAGUUUUAUCAAGAAAAGCAGAAGAUUCAAACAGGUAACUCUGAUGUUUUUCAAGAAACCAAAGUUCAGAGCCUUAAUAUAAAAAACAGAAGUGAGCAUGAUUUAUCUAAAGCUGAAAUGGAAGGAUUAGUGAAAAAAUCAGAGCGAGAACUGGAGACUAAACUUAUAAAUGAAAAGAAUGUAGCUUUAACUGAACCGAUUGAUCACUUGUCCAAAGAUGAAGUUGCUAAACUAAAUCAGAUCAUUCAGCAGAAAGAUUUGGAGGUACAAGCUCUUCAGGCUAGAACGCCUUCAACUUCCUAUAAUCAAGUGAUUGUUCACCUUCAACAGCAAGUGCAGGCCUAUGCUAUGGAAAGAGAACAGCUAUUUUAUAUGAAUAAGAAGACUACGGAAAAUAACUAUCUAAAAAGAAAGUAUCACAAAAUGAUGGAUACAGUUGCUGCCAAAGAAGCAGCUCUCAUGAAACUGCAAGAUGAAAAUCAAAAAUUGUCCACUAGAUUUGAAAGUAGUGACCAAGAUAUGUUUAGAGAAACUCCUCAGAAUUUAUAACGUAUCAUUUGAGAGAGAGACAUCGAAACAGAUGAACUAAGUCAAAAAUAUCAGACCUUGUUGGCAGUUUUACAAACAUCCAGCACUGGUAAUGAGGUUGGAGGUGUUAAUAGUAAUCAAUUUGUGGAGCUCUUACAGGAACGUGACGAGUUAAAACAGCAAGUAAAGAGAAUGGAAGAGUGGAAACAGCAGGUGAUGACCACAGUACAAAAUAUUGAACAUGAGUCCGCCCAGUUUCAGGAAGAACUUCACCAACUUCAGGCACAAGUUUUGGUUGACAGUGAUAAUAAUUCUAAAUUACAAGUGGACUAUACUGGCCUGAUCCAAAGUUAUGAGCAGAACGAAACCAGACUCAAAAAUUUGAGGCAGGAAUUAGCACAAGUUCAGCACAGCACUGGGAAUAUUUGCAAUACCAAGGAUGUUCUUUUAGGAAAACGUGGUAUUAUUUCACCCCAGCUGUCGUCAGCGUCAUUGCUGACUCCCCAGUCAGCAGCAAGUAAGUGUGAUGUAUUGAAUGAAUCUUCUGAAUUGCUACAGCAAGAGUUAGAAGAGCUCAGAAAAUCACUACAGGAAAAAGACGCAACAAUUAGAACGCUCCAGGCAAAUAAUCAGAGAUUGUCUGAUUCAAUUGCUGCCACCUCAGAGCUAGAAAGAAAAGAACACGAAAAAACUGAUUCACAAAUUAAGCAGCUAAAGGAGAAACAAGAUGUUUUGCACAAGUUACUUAAGGGAAAAGACACCUUAAUCAAAGUCAAAAAUGAUCAAUUACUUUCUUCCAAUGAAAAUUUCACUAACAAAGUAAAUGAAAACAAAUUUUUGAGACAGGAAGUCACAAACCUGAAGGAGAGAAUAUUAAUUCUAGAGACAGACACUGGCAAACUAAAAGGAGAAAAGGAAAACAUAGUAGAAACAUCCAGAGAAAAAGAAACAGAAUAUCAAGCAUUGCAAGAGACUAACGUGAAGUUUUCUAAGAUGCUGCCAGAAAAAGAGUGAUGCCAUUCAAUGAAGGAGAAGGGUCUUGCUUUUGAAGAGCUAUUGAAAGAAAAAGAACAGGGCAAGACUGGGGAGUUAAAUCUGCAGAAGAUAGCUGUGUUUCAAUAGGAGAGAGACCAAGUCAUGUUGUCUCUGAAACAAAAGCAAAUGGAAAACACUGCCCUACAGAAUGAGGUUCAACGUUUACGUGACAACAAAUUUCAGUCAAACCAGGAGCUAGAGAGAUUGCGUAAUCAUCUUCUAGAAUCAGAGGAUUCUUAUACCCACGAGGCUUUGGCCGCAGAAGAUAGAGAGGCUAAACUAAGAAAGGAAGUCACAGUAUUGGAGGAAAAGCUAGUUUCAUCCUCUAAUGCAAUGGAAAAUGCAAGCCAUCAAGCCAGUGUGCAGGUAGCAUCAUUGCAAGAACAACUGAAUAUAGUCUCCAAGCAAAGGAAUGAAAGUGUGCUGCAGCUUUCUGCCCCUCAGGAACAAGUAAAGCAGUAUGCUGUGUCACUGGCCAACCUGCAGAUGGUACUACAGCGUUUCCAACAAGAGGAACAAGCUAUGUAUUCUGCUGAGCUAGAAAAGCAAAAACAUCUUAGAGCUGAAUGGAAGAAAAAGGAGGAACAUCUGGAAAGAAAAGUGUUAUCAUUACAGGAACAUUUGGAUGAAGCAAAUGCUGCAUUGGAUUCAGCAUCAAGACGUACAGAACAAAUUGAGGAACUUAGAAAACAAAACGAGGUCUGACCAGAAAUGCCGGAUGAUGUACAAAAGAAACUGAUGAACUUAGCAGACACCUCAGAAGGAAAAGUGGACAAAGUCCUAAUGAGAAACCUGUUCACUGGUCCUUUCCAGGCACUGAAACAUCAGCGUCAUGAAGUGUUACGGUUGAUGGGGAGCAUCCUGGGUGUGAGAAGGGAGGAGAUGGAGCAGUUGUUUCGUGACAGUCAUGGAGGUGUUACCAGGUGGAUGACUGGGUGGCUCGGAGGAGGAUCAGAAAGUGUUCCCAGUACACCUUUGAAAUCAAAUCAGCAAUCUGUGCCUCAUAGUUCUUUUUCAGAACUUGUAGUUAAAUUUGUAGAAACAGAAUCUCAUUCAUCUGUUCCACCACCAAAGCUUUCUGUUCAUGAUAUGAAACCUCUAGAUUCACCAGGAAGGAGAACACUAGAUACAAAUGCACCAGAAAGUUUUAAAGAUACAGCACAAUCCAGGUCUGGUAAAACUACAGAUGUAAAUCCAUUUUUGGCUGCCGGCUCAGCAGCUAUGCCUCUUAUUAACCCAGCUGGACUUGGGGACCUAUGUGGUGAGCCCCGGCAUCACCUUUUGAAACUCAUCUCAGAUGUUUGGCCCACACUUACACCUUUGCCAGUGUUACCUGAUAACAGUGCUGGAGCUGCACUGAAAGGCCUUUUAAAGCAAUAG